AUUCGAUGCCGUGCUUGUGUAUAUAGAACCCUGAUUCCCAUCUUUUUCCGUACUACGGGAUAUCUAACUGCGGACUUUGGUCGUGGUUCUUGUCGAGGUCGUUUGGUUGGCCAAUUGCUUCUGUGAGGGACCUGAGCUUCGUCGGUGCGACGUCAUCCCCGGAUAAUCUUUGAACGCAAGCCGGAGAUCUUCAGGAUUCCGACUCUGCUAUUUUCUCGAGACGACAAAUUCAUAUUUUCGAAAGAGGGGGAAAGUAUUAACCCAACAUGUCGCUCACGCAACGAGUGACAUCGAUGGAGGAGCAUGAGCCGUGGAGUAGAGAGGCGAGCCCGGACUCUAGGCACCGGAAGAUGAGCUUCAACCCAGUCGGCACCUGGACGGAGCAGACUGGUGAAGAGCCAACGAUAGGCGCAUUCGAGGUACCUAGGUGGAAAAGACUGCUUCAGGUCUUCUUCGCCGUUAUCUACUGCCUCUUCGCCGCCGGUGUCGUUUUCGGUUACGCCGCGAUAAAACCCGUACUACUCGAGGAAGGUGUCUACAGAGACUACUGCACAAAAGAAGAGCUGGAUCAAGAUGUCCAUGUCUGCUACGAACAGGAGCUACGACUCAAUCUUAUGUUCACGAUCGCUGCCGUAUCCACAAACGUCGUCGCGCUUCCCGUCGGUACCAUCCUCGAUCGCUUCGGACCACGCGUAUGCGGAAUAACUGGUGCGAUAUCCAUAACGAUUGGCGCAUUGCUUUUCGCAUUCGCGAAGGAAUUGCCUAUCGACGCGUUUAUUCCUGGAUAUUUGUUCAUGGCCUUGGGUGGACCAUUUAUCUUCAUCUCGUCGUUCCAGCUUAGCAACACAUUCCCGCAAUACUCUGGACUUAUUUUGGCGCUUUUGACUGGAGCCUUUGAUACCUCGAGCGCAAUCUUUUUGAUGUACCGACUCCUCUACCAAGGCACCGAUGGCAACUUUUCGAUCAAGAAGUUCUUCCUUAUCUACCUUAUCGUCCCGGCUUUCAUCCUCGCAGUUCAGAUUCUGUUCAUGCCAUCUGUGUCCUACAAGACAGUGGGUGAACUCGUCACUAGCGCGGAGGAGGAGCAGGUCAUCCAUGACUCGGACGAUGAGAUUGAAGAUGCAGCGACUGUGCGAAGCCUUCAAGAUGCGCGACGAGCACAUCGCGACAGUAUUGUUAGCGAGAUUACGUCUUUGCUUGGCACGAAAGACGGUCAGAAGCAGGCACAAGAGGAAGACAAGAAGAAGAACAUUUCAGGUGUAUGGGGUGCGCUUCACGGUCGCACCGCCAGCCAGCAGAUCCGUACACCCUGGUUCAUUCUCAUUACGCUGUUCACAGUGCUGCAGAUGACGCGUAUCAACUACUUCGUUGCCACGAUUCGCACGCAAUACACGUACCUUUUUCAUGACUACGAGAAGGCGGUCGAGAUCAACAACUUCUUCGAUGUGGCACUUCCAGUUGGUGGAGUUCUAUCUGUACCGUUCAUCGGUCUGCUUCUCGACAACACAAGCACUACUUUUACGAUGGCGCUGCUCGUCACUGUCGCCACCACUAUUGGUGUCCUGGGUGUGAUCCCGGAGACAUGGGCCGCUUAUGCGAACAUUGUCCUCUUUGUGCUUUAUCGACCUUUGUACUACACCGCAGUAUCCGACUACUCCGCCAAAGUCUUCGGCUUCGCCACCUUCGGAAAAGUCUACGGCCUCAUCAUCUGCCUUGCCGGUGUUCUCAACUUCUCGCAAUCUGCUCUCGACGCUGCUACGCACAAGACCUUUAAGAAUGACCCUGUACCCAUCAAUGUCAUCUUGCUUAGCUUAGCAUUGUUGGUUGGUCUAGCCCUUGUGGCUUUUGUAUGGCGGAAGAGCCACAGGAUUCAAAGGGAGAACAUUGAGGAAGAGGCUGAGGAAGCAAGAGAGACGCUUAUGCCGGAUGCUAGUGAAAGUCAGGGAGGGAAUGGGUAUGGGUCGAUGAACGGGAGUGCGACUGUGAGUCCUAGUGAAGAGAACAGAGGGCGAAGGCUGUGAGUCUGACACAUGCAAAUCCAUUACACAAAAACAUCACCCGCGCAACGAUUUUCAGCUCAGUCUUGAGUCUUAUUUCUCUUGGGUUAUCGGCAUGGCGAGGCGUUCGGUGGCGUUUUGCUGGGCAUUUGCAGAAUACAAUCACGGCUCCGAAGAUAGGUCGCAUGCUGUUCUGUUAAGAAGGCUGAAUUAAUCACGAUACAUGGUCCUUCUAUCGUAGGCACUUGCGACGUCACUGCUGACUUAUCAAACACAGCACUGUUCUAUCUGUAGAUAAGCAAAUUGAGCUCCCAAUUACUACUAUCUUCAAGAAAGU